AUGUUGAAGUGCAGGAGGAGAAGCGGAGAGCAAGUGGUGUUGCCCAUAUUUUACAAAGUGGAACCCUCACAGGUGCGACAUCUCAAGGGGAGAUUUGGAGAUGCUGUUAAUGCACAUAAUAAGAAGUUGGACCAAAUGGUUGUGAAGGAAUGGGAAGAUGCACUUAAAGAAGUUAGUUUCUUGAAAGGAUGGGAAUCGGAGAAAAUUGAUGAUGGGCAUGAAGCAGUAUUAGUCAAAAGGAUCGUUAGAAGAGUUAUGAGUGAGCUAAAAAGACUUUUUCACCUAAGUGUUCCCAAACAGUUGGUGGGAACUGAUGAUCGUGUGGAACAGAUUAUGAGCGAGAUAGAUGUUAAUUUCAAUGGUACACAAAUCAUUGGAAUUUAUGGAAUGGGCGGUAUCGGUAAGACAACUCUUGCAAAGGUGUUAUACAACAAGCUAUCUAGCCAUUUUGAGAAACGUAGCUUUGUGGCAAAUAUUCGAGAAAACUCAGCACAAGGGUAUUGA